CCCGCGGCAGCGUCCGGAGGGGCCCCGGGUGAGCCCCGCGUCCCCCAGAGCCGCGGUGGCCCGGGCAUGGCGCGGCCCGGCCCGGGGGCCAUGCUGGCCUCGGGGGGCCUGGGCUUCCCCCCGCAGAACGUGGCCCGCGUGGUGGUGUGGGAGUGGCUGAACGAGCACGGGCGCUGGCGGCCCUACUCGGCCGCCGUGUGCCACCACAUCGAGAACGUGCUCAAGGAGGACGCGCGCGGCAGCGUGGUGCUGGGACAGGUCGAUGUCCAGCUGGCGCCCUACGUCAUCGACCUCCAGUCCAUGCAUCAGUUCCGGCAGGACACGGGGACCAUGCGCCCCGUCCGCAGGAACUUCUACGACCUCUCAGCUCCGGGCAAGGGAAUCGUGUGGGAGUGGAGAACGACAACAACUCCUGGACCCCCCUACGACAUGGACAUCUGCAUCACCAUCCAGAACGCCUACGAGAAGCAGCACCCCUGGCUGGACCUCUCCUCCCUGGGCUUCUGCUUCAUCUACUUCAGCAGCAUGUCCAAAUGAACCGGGCAGACGCAGCGCAAGCGGCGGCUGCGGCGCCGCAUGGACCUGGCCUACCCGCUCACCAUGGGCUCCAUCCCCAAGUCCCAGUCGUGGCCCGUGGGCCCCAGCACGGGCACCCCGUCCUGCUCGUGCCCCCAGUGCCUGCUGGUCAACAGCACCCGCGCGGCCUCCAACGCCAUCCUGGCGUCCCAGCGCCGCAAGCUCUACCCGGGCACCGUGCGGCAGAGCAGCACCUUCGCCGGGACAGCGCUGUGGCCCGCGGGGACCGCGACGCCGGCCGUGGUGGCGGCCAAGGGGGGAAGGGCUGCGGGGUGGCCGCAGCGGGGUUCGGCCCCGGGCGGCGUGCCCAGCGCGGCGCUGCCCGGCCUCAACAACCUCAACCGGCCCGGCACGCAGCGAGGGGCCGGGCUGGGCGCCAGGGCUGCCGUGCCCCCCGGGGUGCCAGCGCUGCCGGUGAAGAACCUGAACGGCACCGGCCCCGUCCAUCCCGCGCUCGCAGGCAUGACGGGGAUCCUCAUGUGCGCCGCCGGGCUGCCCGUGUGCCUGACCCGCGCCCCCAAACCCAUCCUGCACCCCCCGCCAGUCAGCAAGAGCGACAUCAAACCCGUGCCCGGCGUCAACGGCAUCUGCAGGAAAAAAAAGAAGCAGCUCAAGAAGAGUAAGACCCCCGAGGACGUGGUGCGCCGCUACAUCCAGGUGAAGAACCCCCCGGAUGAGGAUUGCACCAUCUGCAUGGAGCGGCUGGUCACCUCCUCCGGCUACGAGGGCGUGCUGAGCCCCAGGGGCAUCAAGCCCGAGCUGGUGGGCAAGCUGGGCAAGUGCGGGCACAUGUACCACCUGCUGUGCCUGCUGGCCAUGUACAACAACGGCAACAAGGACGGCAGCCUGCAGUGCCCCACCUGCAAGGCCAUUUACGGGGAGAAGACGGGCACGCAGCCCCCCGGGAAGAUGGUUCACCUCAUCCCCCACUCCCUCCCGGGAUACACCGACUCCAAAACCAUCCGGAUCGUCUACGACAUCCCCACCGGCAUCCAGGGCCCGGAGCAUCCCAACCCCGGCAAGAAAUUCACGGCACGAGGCUUCCCACGGCACUGCUACCUGCCCGACAACGAGAAGGGCAGGAAGGUGCUGAAGCUGCUGAUCGUGGCCUGGGACCGGCGGCUCAUCUUCACCAUCGGCACCUCCAACACCACGGGCGAGUCGGACACGGUGGUGUGGAACGAGAUCCACCACAAGACCGAGUUCGGCUCCAACCUGACGGGGCACGGCUACCCCGACCCCAACUACCUGGACAACGUGCUGGCCGAGCUGCUGGCCCAGGGCGUGUCCGAGGCCACGCUGAAGGACUGAGCCGGGCCGGGGCCGCCCUGGCCCCGUGUCCCGCCCGUGCCACCCGCGCCGCUUCCCGCAGCCCCGCCCGGCGGGCCCGUCCCCCGUCCCGGGCCACCCGGUGCCACCCACCGCGUGUCCCCGCGUGCGUCCGUCCGUCCGUCUGUCUGUCCGCCCGUCCCGGCUCGCCCCGCUCUCGUGGCGAUAGCGUCGUGGUCUUUUUUCUACCCGUGGCCUCUUUGCGCGUCUGUGCCACCCGUGUCACCCGUGCGUCACCCGUGCGUCACCCGUGUCGCCCGCCGCUGCCCCAGGAGCCGCGCACAGCCGGUGCCAUGUACAUCUCUGUGUUACAGAAUACACCCCGUGCCGGGCUGCGGCCCCGCGUCCCC